UUAUUUCUCGUGACUGCGCUUCUUGUUCGCCCAUUUCAAAUGUAGACGUCAGGAUGAAGACUAUCAAAGAUAUCUGGACAAACUGAAUGUCUAGAUAGAUUACGAAAACAUUUAGAGAUUGUUUCCCAUGUGCUAAAUUCUGAAGCAACGUCGAGAGGGCGAACCACAAUUCAAGUAACUGCCGUGUUCCCGAAUAAGGCGAUGUCGGGGAUGCUGCCCUGACUUCCUGACACCCACGGACGUCGCUUGACAUUCUGGGCAUCUGCUAAGGAAUUGAUGAAAUUAUUUACUGUCGGAAGGCUGUGACGUCACUGAUCUGCUGUAUUGCGUGUGAUGUUGCCAUAUAUGAAAAAUUGAUGUGCCCCAACAGAAAGCAUAAACAGUAUAAUUUUCUGUUGAGCUGUUGUCGGUUAAUGUAGUUACCGUGAAAACCUAGCCAUUAACAUGAAGUACAUUGAAGCUACAGAGAACUUUAUCAUCUUUUGUUGUGGGAAAGUGAUACUUGUCUAUCAAAAAGGGAACAGUGAAGGGAGAUUAAUAGAUCUACCAUCAACUGGAACUACACCUGGCAGUGAGGUAAAAGCCUUAAGCAUCAAGCUGUCUCCAGAUGAGAAAUACUUAGCUGUGGCAUGUGAAUCCAAAGUGGUGACGGUUUGGUGCACUCAGACUUGGACGCUUCAGUUUACCCAUAACCUUGUGAAGAGACCAGUGGCCAUUGAUAUUACUGCUGACUCGACCACUCUCCUAGUUGCAGAUAAGACUGGUGAUGUGUACCAUUUCCCCUUAAAAGAGGACACCACACUAAAAGAUGUAUCAGAGUCUGCUGAUAAGAAUGGUGAUGAGGACAAGUUAACUGAUAACAAAAUGGAUUCUGAGGCACUUCUUGGACAUCUAUCAAUGUUGCUGGAUGUGGCUGUGACUAAGGAUCAGAAGUAUGUCAUCACUUGUGACAGGGAUGAAAAGAUUCGGGUAUCUCACUAUCCAAAUUCCUACAACAUUGAAUCAUUUUGUUUAGGGCACACAGAAUUUGUGUUGCAAAUUGAGAUUUUACAAGGGGAAGAACCUCUUCUUCUCUCAUGCUCGGGAGAUGGUACCUUGAAAUUAUGGAAUUAUUUAUCUGGCCAGUGCUUGUCAUCAGCUGACACUCAUGAACUGACAACUCCUUACAUGCAUCAUUUUGAAGCAUUUUGUCAACAAAAACUAAAAGAUAGUGAAGAAGCUAAAAGAUUCCUGCCUGAUCACCCAGCAGUGAAGAAUUUUUCUGUAUAUACUUCGGAGGAUGGUGAAUGCUUUGUUGCAGUUGUUGUAGACAGAAUUCCAGUGUUGUUUUUGUAUAAAAUAGAAGAUUCAAAACUCCACUAUGUUUCUGCAACAGACAUGAAGGAAAAUAUCCCAUUAAUAGUUACAUGGCUAAAGUCAGGAGAACUCAUAGUUGAACAGAGCUCUGUUGAGCAGCCUCUUGAGAUUUUUCACCUUCAGCAAAAUACGUUGACACCACUGAAUAAUCAUCCUCUGAUGCCCAUUGGCCUCAAAUAUAAAGAUGAUUUUAACAGAGGGAAGAAGGAACUCAGCAUUGAUAUUCUUUACAAGCAGCGCUAUGACAAUGUGGCUGAUUACCUCAAGAAGAAACAGGAACGCUUGGACACUGAAAAAGCUGUAGAAGCUGGUCUUGUGCCACCAGUUAAAAAAGGCCGCUGGUUAUAAGCAACUGCGAUGUGUGUUCACUGGUUUAUUGAUGCUAGAAUGUUACAACUAUUAGCUUUGAAAAAAAAAAAAAACUCUUGUGAAAAGGGAAAAUUGCACGUGAAUUUUGAGCCUUAAAAAUAUCAAAAUCAGUCUUGUGCUGGAUUACACAAUAGAAAAGCAGAAUUGUUUAUAUGUUGCAGAUUAUUAUAUUUUAUUAAAUUAUUGAAGAGAAGAAAA